UCACUAUUCGGAUGUUUAAGCAUUCCGAAUCACAUCUCAGCAUACACACAGACUGCUUUAGUAUAAUCGAGCAGGCGAACUCAUUUUUCUUUUUUCUGCCAUUCUCAUCGACUCUUCAUUUUAAAAUAUCAGGCCGAAUAAAUGGUUGAAAAACAUGGAAGUCAAAUACUCGUCAACAAAUCUACUUCAAAUCAAAGACGUCAUGUUAAUCAUCGGCUAGUGACACUUUCGAAGAAGCGAAGGAUAUCUUAUCGCCGCAUCAUUUUUAUAUUAAAUGUAUUCGCUGGUGUGGUUUUGCAAUUGGCAAUUGCAUUCGGUAUAACAUGUCUUUUCACGCAAGUUAUAAAGCUCUCCUACUGGAACAUUAAACACCCUGCAUUUCUGUGGACCGGUAGUGCAAUUUACUUCGUCCUCGAAAUUUUAUGGGUCUUCAUCAGAAACGUUUCAAGAACACUCCCAUGGAAUAUCAUAUAUUUGUUAAUAAUGGCACUCAUGUCCUCCAUCAUAAUUGGAACUGAAUGCAUAGAAUACAACGAUGAUGUCCCUCUAUUCGUCCAGGAUAAUGAAUGUUAUAUAUACUAUGGUAAUGGUACUGGGUCAAAUCGCUUACUUCGCGAGAAACCAAAAUACGAUUUUUCUACUGAUCGCGGGGGUUAUUGGAUUCACGUGUACAUGCUAUCAACUAGUAAAAGAAAUGAAAUGGUUGUUUGGAGAAGGCGAAUAUUCCUAUCCGUUGGAUAA